AUGGAACAUUUAAUCUCGUCAACAAAAGAUCAUUCAGAACAACAUGAUAACAAGAAUCAAACAUUUCAAAAUCCAUCUGAUGAUCCAGUUAUAAGUAGUAAAUCAUUCGCAGAUUCUGAUAAAGAUUAUUUAGCUGUGAAGAUAGAAAUUGAAGAUAGACCUCAAGAAUUAAGCACUGAAAUGCCAUUUAGUCAUAAUUCAGAAAGAGGUCAGUGUAGUUCUGAAAGAUUUUUGAAACGCAAAGGUAAAAAACAAAAAAGAGUGAAACCACUAAGAAUUUGCAAUAGAGAUUCUGGAAAUGAAAGAGGUGGUGGAAGCGUUAACUUCGCUUCACUCAGAGAUGCUUAUCGUUAUUUUCUCAGAAAUUCUACUGUUGAAGCUAUAUCCGGUAAUUUUGGAAAUGUAAGACUCGGUAAAGCGGAUUUGUUAUCAUUUGCAAAGGCAUGUGCUACUCUACAAAUGGCAGCUCUAAAUUCAUACGAAAAAGUCGAGAAUAGACAUAAUUAG